CCGCUCACAUCAUUCCGUCACUUCCAAGCGUUCGUUCUUUUACGAGAGUUCGCCAUAGUUGGCGUGUCGUGCUAUUCUGGGCUAAGAUAAUUAUCUGAAAUCAUCCAAAAUGGUGAACUUCACCGUAGGCGAAAUUCGUGUCAUGAUGGACAAAAAACGGAAUAUCCGUAAUAUGUCCGUCAUUGCCCACGUGGACCAUGGAAAAUCCACCUUAACUGAUUCCUUGGUGUCAAAGGCCGGUAUUAUUGCCGGUGCAAAAGCAGGAGAAACUCGAUUUACAGAUACCAGAAAAGAUGAACAAGAACGGUGUAUUACCAUCAAAUCGACGGCUAUUUCUAUGUACUUCGAACUCGACGACAAAGAUCUCGUCUUCAUCACCAGUCCCGACCAACGUGAUAAAGAUACAAAAGGAUUCUUGAUUAAUCUAAUUGACUCUCCUGGACACGUAGAUUUUUCAUCCGAAGUAACAGCUGCCCUUCGUGUGACUGAUGGUGCCCUGGUUGUUGUAGAUUGUGUAUCUGGUGUAUGUGUCCAAACAGAAACUGUAUUGAGACAAGCUAUUGCUGAACGUAUUAAGCCCAUUCUGUUCAUGAACAAAAUGGACCGUGCUCUGCUUGAAUUGCAAUUGGACGCAGAAAAACUUUUCCAAACUUUCCAACGUAUUGUUGAAAACGUCAACGUAAUCAUUGCCACCUACAAUGAUGACAGUGGUCCCAUGGGUGAAGUUCGAGUCGAUCCCAGUAAAGGUUCAGUUGGUUUCGGAUCUGGUCUUCAUGGUUGGGCGUUCACUCUCAAACAGUUCGCUGAAAUGUACGCCGAAAGGUUCAAGAUCGAUGUCGUCAAACUAAUGAACAGAUUGUGGGGUGAAAGUUUCUUCAACCCGAAAACCAAGAAGUGGAGUAAGCAAAAGGAUGAUGAUAACAGGAGAUCAUUCUGUAUGUACAUCUUGGAUCCGAUCUAUAAAAUAUUCGAUGCCAUCAUGAACUAUAAAAAAGACGAAUACGAAUCACUUCUUCAGAAGUUAGGUAUUGUAUUGAAACAUGAAGAUAAGGACAAGGAUGGCAAACAGCUGUUGAAAGUAGUUAUGCGUACUUGGUUGCCAGCUGGAGAAGCUCUGCUUCAGAUGAUAGCCAUUCACUUACCGUCUCCGGUGACAGCACAGAAGUAUAGAAUGGAAAUGUUGUAUGAAGGUCCUCAUGACGAUGAAGCUGCUUUGGGAAUUAAAAACUGCGAUCCAAAUGCACCACUCAUGAUGUACGUAUCUAAAAUGGUACCUACAUCUGAUAAGGGCCGUUUCUAUGCGUUCGGUCGUGUAUUCUCUGGUAAGGUUGCAACUGGCCAAAAAGCCCGGAUUAUGGGACCCAACUAUGUACCUGGAAAGAAGGAAGACUUGUAUGAGAAAGCUAUCCAAAGAACAAUUCUCAUGAUGGGUCGUUACGUAGAGGCCAUUGAAGACGUUCCUUCCGGUAACAUCUGCGGAUUGGUUGGAGUCGAUCAGUUCUUAGUAAAGACUGGUACAAUCACCACUUACAAAGAUGCCCAUAACUUGAAGGUCAUGAAGUUCAGUGUGUCCCCUGUUGUGCGAGUUGCUGUGGAACCUAAAAAUCCAGCCGAUUUGCCAAAACUCGUAGAAGGGUUGAAACGUUUGGCCAAAUCAGAUCCUAUGGUACAAUGUAUCAUUGAGGAAUCCGGUGAGCAUAUUAUUGCUGGAGCCGGUGAACUUCACUUGGAAAUCUGUUUGAAAGAUUUGGAAGACGACCACGCCUGCAUUCCGAUCAAGAAAUCUGAUCCAGUUGUAUCAUACCGUGAAACAGUCAGUGAGGAAUCCGACCAGAUGUGUUUAUCAAAAUCGCCGAACAAACACAAUCGAUUGUUUAUGAAAGCUCAGCCAAUGCCCGAUGGUCUCGCCGAAGAUAUUGAUGAUGGAAAAGUCAAUCCACGUGAUGAAUUCAAAGCCCGUGCCCGUUAUUUGGGUGAGAAAUAUGACUACGAUGUUACAGAGGCUCGUAAAAUCUGGUGCUUCGGUCCUGAUGGCACUGGACCUAACAUCUUGGUUGAUUGUACUAAGGGAGUUCAAUACUUGAACGAAAUUAAAGACUCCGUUGUUGCUGGUUUCCAAUGGGCCACCAAGGAAGGUGUUCUCUCAGAGGAGAACUUGCGCGGUGUUAGAUUUAACAUUUUUGAUGUAACUCUGCACGCGGACGCAAUCCAUCGUGGAGGUGGUCAAAUCAUUCCCACUACUCGUCGUUGUUUGUAUGCUUGCUUACUUACCGCUUCACCCAGGCUUAUGGAACCUGUUUAUCAAUGUGAAAUUCAGUGUCCCGAAGCCGCUGUUGGAGGUAUCUACAGUGUAUUGAACAAAAGACGUGGUCAUGUAUUCGAAGAAAUGCAGGUUGUUGGUACUCCGAUGUUUGUGGUGAAAGCCUAUUUGCCUGUAAAUGAAUCAUUCGGUUUUACCGCUGACCUUAGGUCUGGCACUGGAGGACAGGCCUUCCCACAAUGUGUGUUUGAUCAUUGGCAAAUUUUGCCUGGCGAUCCGCUGGAGUCUGGAACAAGACCUUAUGGAGUUGUGCAGGACACCCGUAAGCGAAAGGGUCUUAAGGAAGGACUUCCCGAUGUUACCCAAUAUCUUGAUAAAAUGUAGUAACAUACAUUACUUUUGUACAGUUAAGGUUAAUUUUAGUUUAUUUCUACAAAAUAUUUAAAUUAGAAUAUGCAAAUAUUCUGAUUAACAUAUUUUAUCAGAUCAGUGUAUUUAUCAGUUCAAUUUUUUUCACGCAAAAUUAAAAUCCUCCAGAAACGAUUUUGUCUUAAUUAUUGCCGAAAUGAUAUUAGUUAUUACUGAAACAUGUUUUUGAAAAUUAAAUUUAAAGAAUCCCAAGUGUUCUACACUUUCAACAAUAAAUAUUCGGUUAUUUUAAAAAUAUUCAGUUAGUUUUCCUGAUUUCUGUCGAACAAUUCUACACUUUGGAGCCAAGCUGAAAAUUCAAAGGUCAUUCGAACACGAAGCAAAUUGACAUUCAUAGUUAGUGUCGAACAUGAACACCACUUCGAAGGUUAUGAAUGAUUAUCCAUAUGAAGUACAUUGUUGGUAGCGAGGGAAGGAAGCCUUGAAGAUUGUGAAGAUUCAUUCUGAACGUGUUUGAAAUCGAAGUUUUGAGAACUACAUUGUUGAUAGAGAGGGAAGCCUUCAAGAUGGUGAAAAUGAAUUCUUAACGUGUUUGACAUCGAAGUUUUGAGGCAUUAUGACGGCGAAACAUGGCUGAUCUGCAGAUUGUCCAGAAAAUCACCGGUAUUAAAGUACCUCCUUAAACUUUUCUACUCUAAGAGAGCAGCAGUGGAGAAAUGGGACCUUGUUCCACUUGCCAGAGAACAGCGAUAGGGAAAUGGAAGAAUAAGUACAGCUGAAUCAGGUAAAGAUAUAAUUGUUAAUAUUUAUUUACUAUAAUUAUAUUAUACGUAAAUGUAUGUU